UUGUGCGUUUAUCUUUCAUUUUUGCCAUAAGCAUUCCUUAUUCUCUGCACACCCUGAAAAGUCUUUACCUGUCUCUCCGAACCCACUACUGACCCAGCAGCAGACACCGACAGCAGAGACCAUUCAUGUCAUAAUCUAAGUGACCAACAGAAGGCUUCACCAUUGAGAAAAUGAGGUGUGGAUUCAACUGAAUCAUGGCGAGCGAGAAUGUAUCUGAUUCCUUGGAGCACUUUGUUGUCCCAUGCGAAGGUGGACAUGGGCAACGGUUGGCCAUUCCUGAGGGGGCGUACCGAGGCUGGGUUCCUCGGGUCCUCUACUCCAUGAACGUGCAUGAGCUGAAACUGCCAUUCUUGCGUCUGCUCAGUUUCCCUGUCGGUGGCACUGCCAUUGGUUCCCUGGCCACAAAUCUCACUAUCUUUGAGGCUGUAGGAAACUAUCUGGGAAAGCUUCCAGCAUCAUUUGCGGAUUGUGCAAACCUUGUGCAGCUCGACUUAGGCUUCAACUACUUUGGAGAAGUACCUCUACCAGUAUUCAAGCUACGGAAUCUUAGGAUAUUAAAUCUAGAGCACAAUGACAUUGUGAAAGUGGACUCUGGUAUUGGUCAAUUGAAGCAGUUGACAGAGCUAAACCUCAAUGGAAACUUACUGUCCUCUCUGCCCAUUGAACUUAGAUACUGCAAGAGAUUGCGUAAAUUGUAUUUAUCUGGCAAGUUCUACCCACGAGGUAUGAUCAAGGAGUUCCCGGAGUGUAUAUGUCACCUGAGGGAUCUGAUAGUCCUGAACUUGUCAUGGCAACAGAUUAGGAAUAUUCCGGAUUCGUUUGGAAAUCUGCGCAACCUGGAGGAGCUGAAUCUGAAGUGGAACCAGCUCCAGGAGGUCUCCCCCGAGAUGGUCAAGUGUCACAAACUGGUGGUGGUGGAUUUCUCCGGGGCGCUCAGGCUCCUCUCUGCCAUCCCAGAACCUCUGUUUAGCUUGGAGGACCUCAGCAGCCUGAAUUUGAGUGACAACUUCUUCACGGACAUCCCUCGUGAGGUUCAUGGUUUACGCAAGUUGCGGCACUUGGUGGUUCAGAGGAACUCUUUACUACGAUUGUCGCCUGAUCUCUUUCAGCUCCGUUACCUCGAGCAUUUAGAAUUGGGGGAAAAUUUUCUAGAAGAUAUACCUUUAGGGAUACGUAACCUCCGGAAGCUUCAGUAUUUAGGUCUCGGCAACAACAGACUGACCGUCUUGCGAGACGAGAUGUGCCGACUGGAGCAACUGACUCAUCUGUACCUGGGAAAUAACAAACUGUCGAAGCUGCCGGAGGAGAUCUACCGGCUGGACCAGCUGGUCACUCUGGACUUGGACAACAACCAGCUGAUGGAGUUGCCGCUGCUGAUGGACCGGCUGGAGGGGCUGGCCGGCUGCGACGGGUUGCACGUGGUGAACAACCCGCUGCGCAGCCCCUUCUUCGAGAUGAGCCAGCAGGGCACGCAGGAGCUGUUCGAGUUCCUCAAAGGGCUGCGUGUGAAGGAAGCUCAUCACCGCUGGAAGAUGAUCCUGAUUGGUGCUGCCAAGGCUGGCAAGACCAGCUUGCGACAAGCUCUGAUGCUGGGCCGUUCUAAACUGACUGCUGAGAAUGAGCGCACAUGGGUGAUGGAGCGCCACCUGUGGGAGCCAGAGUCUCGUCUGCGUGUCCAGAUCCUGGACUUUGGCGGUCACCACAUCUACCAGGCAGCUCACCACAUGUUCCUGUCCUCGGACGCUCUCCACGUCCUGGUCUUUGACCUCACCAAGUACAACACAGAGAACUACGAGGAGCUGAUCGGCCAUUGGCUGGAAGCAAUCACUGACCGGGCUGCGGGGGCCACGAUCGUGGUGGUAGGGACGCACUGCGACCUGUGCACCAAGGAGGACAUUGACGAGAGGACGGAGGACAUCCUGCGAUUGAUGCACCGCGACGAGGGCGCCAAGCGUCGCCAGAUCGAGCAGGAGAUCGAGCGCAUCCAGGAGGAGCUGGACCGACCCGAGGCCCGGGCGGUCAGCGGCAAGAUACCCGAGAUCGGAGUUGGACGCCUGCAGGAGAAGCUCAACCGGCUGCAGAGGAUGCUAAACUCCAGGUCAAAGCUCCCCGAGCACAUCUUCGUGGUGAGCUGCGCUGACCGGCUGGACGGAGUGGGCGAGUUCCGCGACUCUCUCGUCCAGCAGCUCAAGUCUGUGCCCAUCACGGCCCUGCCUGACCACUGGUUCUCCUUCCUGGAGCAGCUGCAACAAGUGACCGCUAGGAUUAUCUCCCUAGACCAGGCCAUGGAAAUGUUCCAAACGGUGAUGACGAGCAGCCACCAGUCCAUGAUGGGCAUGCGCGGCUCCCCACAGCUCAGCCUGGAGAUGGUGCUCAAGUACCUGCACUCGACGGGCGAGAUCCUUUGGUACCAUGACAACGACGACCUGCGCGGCACCGUGUUCCACCGGCCCGAGGCGCUCAUCGACAUGCUGCGCGCCGUGUUCAGACACGACUUCGACCAGGUGGUGGUGUACAGCGAGGACACGGGCAGCUCGGUCUCUCUACGGCAGGCGCAAUUCGACAAAAUGAAGAAAGAUUUCCUGAAGAAAGGCCUCCUCACCAAAGAGCUGCUGCGGUACUUGCUGAUACAUUUUGAUCUGUCUUCGGACGCACCAAGCGCCCUGCUUAGUCUUAUCCUCUCAGUCAUGUUGAAGUUUGGCCUGUGCUUUGAACUGACCAACUCUACGGCCAGCGCUCUGAUUGGUUCGUCCAGCGUGGUUCAGUUCCCCUGGUUCUUCCCGGAGGAGCUGCCCGAGAGCAUGGAGUCGAAAUGGCCGGCAAGUUUGCCUCCAAACACGUUUGAGAUUUGUAUUGAGCUGGUUUUCUCCCGUCAGGCUCCGCCCAACUUCUUUGAGAAACUGUCGGUGAAGCUGCAGAACUUACUUUCGGACACGGAGCGCAUCAACUGGCGAGACGGUGUGCUCGCUGUGCGCAACCUCUCGUCACUUCUUGUCACGCGCGAGAAGAAGAACGGAGGGACGGUGGUGACGGUUGCGGCCCGCAGCGCCUCGGAUCUGCAGGAUCUGUGGGGCAUGGUUCUGAGCGUGCGCCGGGCUGCCAUGAGUCUGUUCAAAGACUGGCCACUGGUCAAGUGUGACAUCAGCCUGGUUUGCUUGCACUGUGUGCUCCGCGGGGUGGACGAGCCGUACCGGUUCCCGGGCCAUGUGCUGGAGCACACCAUUCCCAAGGGACUGUACUCCAUGAAGUGCUGUGAGAAAAUGCCAGAUGAAGUUGUGCCCACUGCUUUUGUCUUUCCAUUGGAUGAGUCAAGUUAUCAAGAGAACCACCAGGAGUACAUGCGCGCGGCCACGGAGUUCAUGCUGAAGUCGCUGAUGGUGGACACAGUGGACGGUCCGCGCGGAGCCUCUGUCUCAGUCCUGUCUGACGGGGGCCUGGCCUUCAUCGCCGCCAACCUGGGCUUCAACUGGUCGGCCGUCAUCCUCCGACUCGGCAUCCCACAGGCCCGAAUUGAACAGCUGAUUAUGACGUAUCAAUACGAUGUGUACCAGCAGAUCCUGCACGCGCUCCUGGAGUGGCGAGGCGCCGACUCCAACGACAACAACUCGCAGGACAAGAUAGAUCUGUUGUUUGGGGUGUUGCGGGAAGAUGACAUCGGACGUACGGACCUCGUGGAUCAGCUGUCGGAGGAUUACAGUACCGUGUCAGACAGUGUGUGAGUCUGUGUGUGAUGGCGUUCUCCGUCUGUGGGUGGAGAGUCAUAUUGUGUUGGUGAACGAAUGACCUUUCUCUGAGAUUGUGUGUUUGUGGAGAGUGAUGAUGUGUUGGUGAACUGACGACAUCGGACAUUGGUGAACAUAUGACCUUGGAUGUUAAUGAACAGAUGAUUUUCGUCUGUGGUAGUGUGUGUGUGUGUUCAAUGUGAUGUUGUGUUGAGGCACAGAUGACUUUGGCCUCUGGUAAUGUUUGGGCUGAGAGUAAUGUUGCAUGAGUGAACAGAUGUUUUUGCAAAGAUGUUUGCUUUGUGAUGUGGGAUGGGAAUGUUGUGUGUGAUGUAUGAACCAGUAGUGAUGUUUUGCGAGUCAGAAGGGACGUUACGUACAUCAGUGGUGAUGUGGAGUGAAAUUUGAGACAUGGUGCUGAUGUCAAACUCAGUUUGAUUUGAUUAUUUUCAGGAGAAAUCAGUAAUUGUAAGUUAUAGAAUGGAGAAAGAUUAUUUGAAUUUAUUUGCAUCAUUGUUCGCUUGUGGGGGGACAUAAUUCCCAGCUUCAUUGUAAGGGCUUUAACAUUUUAAACCCUGAUCUCCUGAGGCUCCGUGACCCCACUGACUGACCUCCUGAGAGAUUCAAGACAAGAUUGGAUGAAAUCGCGUUAUUUUGAACCACUCACUUCUGACACAUGAGUGCAGACAUGUCGGCAAGACCUUAGCCAAAAUAAGUGUAGUACCAGUACUGCUGUUUUGAUUGGCCGAUAAAUACAGGCUUUAAGAUUGGCUCAUAAAUACGUGCUUUAAACAUCCUACAAUGAUGAUAUGCGGUCUCACUCACCAGUGUGUUUGUAGUAGGAGGGCGCUCGCGCAGUUUUACUUGCUAUGUUUGUGCCAGUGGCUAGGGCUGAAGGGUUAAGUUUAAGCCGCAGUCUGUCUGAUUACAGAAGUGAAUUCAUUUUGUGUCUGCCAAUGUGUUGUUCUCCUCAUAGAACAGGGGAAAGUACCGAUGAAAGGCAACUGACUUGGUUGAGUGCGUGGAGCUCAAAAGCAGAGUCCUUGUAGGCAGAGGUCAGUAGGUUUUUGUCACUCUACGAAUCCUUUCACUAUAGGAGUAAGUUUUGUAAUGCUCAAAGACUUUACAUAAUCUGUCUCUCGGAUUACUUACCGUUUGUCUUUGUUUGAGUGUGCGUGUGUGGGGGGGGGGGGGGAUUCCAUGAGAGAUUAGAAGUUUUCAGUCCUUCAGUUUUCUCAUAUGAAAGAUAAUGUUCUUGCCUUUUUUUCCCCUUCAUGUCAGCAUGGUUUAUGAAGUUUUGAAAAACUAGGGGACAGUUGUUCUCAGAGUUUGGGUUGCUCAUGGUGUGUAUGGUCCAGAACUUUCUUUUCUUUUCUUAUGAGCAGAACUGUGUUAUUUACCUAGAAUAUCUGGAGGUGUCAUCUCUGGCUCACAGGUUGACAUGUACUGACCCGCUAUUGAUUACAGUCACUAGGUGCUCUCAUGCAUUUGGUCAUAUUUAUAUGUUGUGUUAUGUGUAGGGCCACAGAAUAAGAACAUUUUAUCUUCAGUCAAUUCAACGGCCCGUAGGACUUGCCAGAUUAUAAAUGUUGGGUACAUGAAGCUUUGUCAGAGGACAACAUAUCGUCGCUCUAGUACCCUGCAUCCCACAUAAACAAAGUUUUACAGGACAAGGAAAAACUUUGUCAGUUCGUCUAACAUAUGUUAAAAAUUAAAGUCUGAACGUUGCGCUGGCGAUAUUUAUUGAGCUACAUGUUUACAAAUUUGACACGAAAUCUGCAACGUUACAUUUAGUAGAAAAAAGCAAAAAAAA